AUGGCAGCUCGCGCCCUUGCGUUGACGACGAGCCGGCGCGCUAUAAAGAACCGGCCUCCGUCGUUGCUCCCCAUCAUCGCCAUCCAUCAACAGUCAUACCACCUAAAUCACCGCAGCUACUCUACCCACCCGUCGUCGUCAUCUCGCGCACUCAGCUCACCCCCCUCAUCACAUCAAACGAGACACAAGGCUACCCUCGCCGCCAUGCCCUCCACCAACGACCUCGCCAAGACGCUCAAGGCCCUGCACAAGCCCGGCCAGCCACUCAUCGUCUCCAACGUCUGGGACGCGCCCUCGCUCAACGCCGUCGCCUCCCUCAACGAAGCCUCUGCCGACAAGCCCGUCAAGGCAUUUGCGACGGCCUCCUGGGCGCUCGCGCACGCCCGCGGCCUCGCCGACGAGGACCUGACUCUGGAGCAGAACCUCGCCGCGCUGCGUGAGCUCGCCCCGCUCGCCGCGCGCGUCGGCCUCCCGCUGUCCGCUGACCUGCAAGACGGCUACGGCGCGCGCAUCGAAGACGUCUUCGCCGCGGCGGCGGGCUGCGGCGUCGCGGGCGCCAACCUCGAGGACAGCAUCCCGUCGGCGGGCUUUGGCCGGGGCCUCGCCGGCUCGCUGUACAGCAGGGAGGACGCCGCGGCGCGCAUCGAGGCGGCGCUCGGGGCGGCGGCCGGCGCGGGCGUGCCCGACUUUGUGGUCAAUGCCCGCUGCGACGUGUUCAAGCUGGACCCGGCGGAGGAGCUCGACGACGAGACGCGCAUGCGCGAGGCGCUGGACCGCGGCAGGGCGUACCUGGCGGCCGGCGCCACGACCGUCUUCUUCUGGGGCGGUGGCGCGCGCGGGCUGAGCACCGCCGAGGUCAGGACGCUGGUCAAGGAGCUGGAUGGCAAGGUUGCCGUUCUGCUGACCAAGAGGGACGGCGGCCACUCGACCGCCGAGCUGGCCGAGAUGGGCGUGGCCAGAAUCAGCAUCGGCCCGUCGCUGUACCUGGCGGCCAUGAGUGCCAUCAAGACGGGUGCGGCCCAGAUUCUCGGUGGCGGUGGCCUCUUCGUACUACUUGUAUGA